AUGGACUCGUCGGUGGAGCAGUUGCUAACUCCUUCAUUUACUCCAAAAACAGACGAUCUGUGUCUCUUUGUCGACGCCGUCAAAUCCCUACUUGAUGAAAGCGAUAUCGGGGUGAUUUCUACGUUGGCUGACCGGCUAAGGCCCUUUCGAAUCGAUCUAAGGGGGGACGUUGUUGAGGAUACUUGCUCGGUGAAGCCAAUACUAGUUCUUGAUUACGAACAAUCGAGAUGUCCGGAGCUAUCCGUAAUAUCUCAAAACCAGCAGGCAGCCGCAUUGACCGAGACAACCAAUGGCUCAAUCAUCUUCCAGGCGGAUUCAGCACCUUCCGGAGAAGCUGGUACCCUGACGAUUCCAGACGAACAACUGUCCAAGUACUUGGAGAUCACAAGAUGCAACGAUGUUAGUCAAGCGCAGGGCAUGGACUAUUACUAUGAUAAACAACGUGGUGUUUCGGGAGGGGAAGGUCUCGCCGCAGCCCCAGGGGACCCAUUUCUGGCGGCCAUUCACAGCCUGCAGUCAGCCGGCGCCCUGCAACUAGACAGCACCGGGAUGUACUUUGACGACUCUGGCAUGUCGUCUUAUGAAACGACUAACACGGACUCGUCGAGUGCCUCUAUGGCAUUACCAAACAUGGACAUGGCGCCUCGUGAAAACAAAGAGCCAUCGCCAGGGGGCGAUCUUGGCGAAUAUGUGGGCGAUUAUUAUGUUGAGUCGCCGCAUAGUAUACAUACCGACCCGCCUGCCAGCUACACCGAGAUCACUUUUGUCAAGGACCUGAGUGGACAUGGACCUUCAUCUGCUUCAUCUGCUUCGUCUGCUUCAUUGGAUUCAGAUCACGGAGGGCUUGGUCCCUGGCAGGCAACAGAAGAGAUGGAAUCCCGCAGCUCACGCAACACUUCACCGGCCCAGUCUAUUUCACAGACUGCCUGGCAUUUGGGCACGACAAACCCCAAAGCCAACGACGGAAGAACCCCUGUUGACUGCGCAGCCGGCGUCCUGUCAGAUGGAGCCAUGCAAAAGGUCUUCGCUGCAGCUCGUGCCUGCAUCCGGUCGGACUACCUUUCGCUUUUGGAGACGAACCUCCCGCGCUGGGCCACAGAUGGCCUGUGGCACAAGACAGUGCCGCCGUCAUACCAGAAAUCCGGUCGUUGCGAGUAUGAAAAGUUGCAAAAGGCGUACUCGUGCCUCUGCCGCCUCGAUAUGCGCAUGAAAGAUGACGCCAUCCGGAGCAGGAUGGCCAUGGUCCUGCUGCACCUGGAGUAUGAGAACACCUAUGUCAAAUGGAAAAGAGGAGCGCCCGGAGGCUUGAAGCCAACAACGGACGUGGGCAGGGGGACGAUUAGCUCCAUGAUUGAUGAUAUUCUAGAGACUACACAUUCCCAGUGGAAGAAUGCCGGUUCCCGUGAGAAGUCUCUGUUGCGGGCAAACUUCCACGAACGCAAACGAUUCGGAAAGCGGUGGUGGAUACUCAUAAACGCCCUCGGACCCAGCAUAUUAAUAUUGUGUUCUUCAAAGUUUGCCGCGAUAAUGUAA